AUGCCCGAUUAUCUAGGUGGUAAUCCACCUCGACCAUCAACCGUUAUCCCCGGUCAAUGGAUUUUGGACCUUCCCUCUUCCGAUACACAUAUCCAUAUACGUCGCUAUAGACAAGCGGAAGAAGCAAAUCAAGCUGGACCAUCAGUCUUUCGAGAUGUUAUAUUGGACCCGACGGAGAAAGCUUGGCGGACGAUCAAUGAUAACUCAGUAGAAGAGGAUAUCCCUGUCGCUAGAAUUCUUGAAAGGCCUUGUGCUAUAAUUACAGCUGAAGCUGGCGAUACGAAGACACUAUGGUGUUUCUCCAUUGAAAAUGAACGAUCUGAGACUUUCGAAGCGCUUCAAGAAAUAUCACCUUCAUUACCACCACUUGCAAUAUCCCAGCUCAUCACUUGCUCAAAACAUGGACAUGAGAUUUCCUGCCUUGACAAUCAAGUUCCUGACUCGCUUUCUUGUAAUGUGUCACUGGAUACGUCGGAGGACACGAACAGAUAUCUGAACCUGUUUGCGAGUGCUGUCGUUGAGAAAUUAGCAUGGAAUAGGGGUAGCAGGAUAUCCUUGUACCCUAAUUUUGGUGUGCAACCUUCUUUGAGAACUACUAUACGCCCUCUUACCUCAGAGAAACUUCUACUCUCAAUCCGUUCUACAACCCUUCCGUCCACCACAAUCUCCAUCUCACCUACACCUCUGCUUCUUUCUCCUCUUGGUAUGCCAGCGUUCCUCAUAUCACCUUUUCACCCUACCUCAGCACAAGAGUCACAUCUCAUCUCGACUUUUGAGUCCGCUUUGGGUCAUGUAUGGAAGCAUGGGCAAUCGGAAGCUCGAAUUCAUUGUCAAUUAUCAGGCGAAACUUACAGUGAUUGGUCAAUACUUUGGGUUCCUAUUGUUGACCUUUCUUCAUCCAAAGGUAAAUUGACAUCUCGGCAAAUAGUAGAUAAAUGGCAGUCGUCCAAUGGAGUUCUGACCAUAUGGCCAACUCACCUUUCUCAUCCUUAUUUCAACAUCAACCUUCCUCACUAUACCAAACCAUUGAUAAAACCUCUUCAACCUGAAUCGGCACAAUUACUGGAUUUAUCAACUGGAUUAUUUGACUUCUUGUCGACUUACAAAGAGCCUGAGCCGGUUGAGGAGAUCGAAGAUGAAGAAAUAGAUGAAGAGGAUGUCAAUAUGGAUACUGAAUCUACAACUAUCACCGCUGAUCCAGAAAACGAAACUGUCAAUGGAAACGACUUCAAUGAUAUCGAAGAUGGCGGUACAUCGGAAAAGAGUGAUUUGGAUGAUCUGUUUUCUGAACAUUCAAACUCAAUUCCGAAUUCACCUCAUAUACAUAUACAUGCGGACAAAGUAGAUACUCCGAUUGAAGCAAUAUCGAUUCCAGAUGAAAAUGAUUCAGGUAAUGCUGAGAACCAAAUACGCUCUCGGAAUCCCACUAAUGGCAACAACGGCGUUGAGCCGAAAGAAGAAUUGGUUACUGAAGCUGAUUUCGCUUUUUUCGAUUCGCCAACAGAUGAAAUGACAAUAGCGGAGCCGGGAGAUACGCUAGAAGAACUCGAUAAAUUGCAGGAGAACACGACUGAGAGAGAGGAGAAGCAUAUGGAAAUCGAUAAUUACAAGGAUCUUCUACCACUUGCAAGUCUCGAAGAGGUGAGACCUCACCCCAUUGUAAUGGAUGAGAAUCAAGAUGCUAUUUUCACUGAAGAUCCCGGAUCUCCUCUUGCCUCAUCUCGACAUCCGCCCAAUCAACCAAUCCCCGACACCAAUCGUGACGAACAGCUGCAAGCCAGUACAUCGAUGCCCGAGCCUGCCCAUGAUCCCACUGCGCACCAGGACUUAGCUUUGUCACCGAUUCCUAACAUUAUACUUCCGCGUGUAAAGUCAAGCUCAUUUAGUACAGACCUGAUACCGCCUUCUUUUUCCCCGCUUGUACUUCUCCCCGUUUCCGAUUCUCCAUUCCCGUAUUCUCUUCCAAGUCCUGCCCCCACCCCUUCAAGUCUCAACUGGGACCUGGUAGAGCGACUUCAACCAACUAAAUGUACUAAUCUGACAUAUGCGGAUGACUGGAAAAUGGAAGAAGAAGUCUCCGAGAUUGAUGAAGAAGAAGAGUACACUGGCCCUCCGACACCUGAAUCGAGCUAUAUCUCCGAUGACGAAGACGUAGCCAAACCUGAAAUCAAGAUUUCUGAAGGACAUGAGAUUGACUUUGGAGGUACCAGGUGUAUAGGGGUUGAAUGGCUUUACCUCAUUUACGAGACUGAUAAAGUCAAAGAAUUAGCUAAGGAGUGGAAUCCGUCUUGGAACAGAGAUAAUAUGGUACUUCCUCCUACAGCAUCAGAAGACUGGGACAAGAGGGAUUUGCUGAAGGGAGUCGAUUUGACGACGUUUGUAAACGAGUUGAUCGGUAAUAGAGCUUUGAGAGAGAUCGGUCACUGGUCGGAAUUGGGCUAUAUACCUGGACGUGCGAGAAUCAGGUUGCCAUUGAUUGAAGGUGGCAUAGCACUGUCUGAUCUAAGUAAAGACAGCAAAAUACGUAAACUCCCUCAACCUCAAAUCUCUACCGGUUAUCACAAUUAUGUUGUCAACCUUUCGAUCCCUUCACUUCACUAUUGGUCAGAGCUAGGUCUUCAGCCUCAAGGCGGAAACAAGAAUGCAGAGGUAGUAAUCUACUGUGAAGACAAUCACGAAGCCAGGGAGAGGGCAAUGCAAGUGGUAUCGGGGAUAACACAAGUUUGGGAGCAAUUACGCCUCGGAAAACAUGAGCUGGCAGAUACUGGCGGUCAAAAUGCUGGUAUUAUAUCUUUGCCAGCUGAUCUUAAAUCACCUAUCAACCUACUGGAUCAUGCCCAAACUAACUCUGUCAUAUACAUUCUUCUCCCUUCCACGAACAUCGACUCUUGCAGAACAAUAUUCAGCACCACUUAUUCGCAACCUUCAUCCAGAAUUGUCCAUUCAAUUCCCCAGCACGCUUCGACCCAGUCACAUUUCCGAGAUAUUGCGUUCGAGGUGUAUAAUCGACUUCCUGAGGUUAUCAAAGAGAUAGCUCCAAGAUCGGUAUCCGAUCCAUACAAUCUGCAGAUGGCCUCUUCAUCUGACAAGACGGUCACUCGACAAGUGUUCACCCUGGCCAGAAACGAGAUUCCCCAACCUGAAUUUAGCAUGGCAUGGCCUCUUCGAUCAUAUGAUGUGAUGAAUAAUCAUCGCUCGGUCAUCUUGUCUUAUACCAUUCAUGAAGAUUUAGACUUGAUGAUCGCUUUUAUCGCUGAUGAUUUGGGUGAAUCGUCUACCACCAAAGUCUGGACAGGAACAAACGGAUCAUCGUGGAAUGAUAGAAUCAACAAAAUCAAGACGUGGAGUCAAAGAAUAGCUGAUGAAUGGUUUAUUGAGUGUAAAAUGAUUAUGAUCAGGGUAGGAACCAUUGAAGCUGAUGAACUGAAAUCUUGGAGAAAGGCUUUACAAGACUCACAAAUGCGAUUCACACUUCUUACAGUGGACAACUCAUACAAACAAGACGGCGAAGAUAACAUUCCUAGGCCAAGAGGCUUAGCUAACAUCCCAUCAUCGACGUUAAAUGAUCAUAAUUCAAGAUUAAUUGAUCUCUCCUUAUCGGCCCAUUUGACUACUUUGCCCUUGAUACGAAUACCGUUAGACCUAAAAUCAUCGAGUCAAAUAGGGACAGAAACGAUAUAUCCAAUAAAAUCAUUUAUGCUUUCCCAUCCAACAAAAGAUAGAUUCCAAUCUAAAUUAUAUCAUAUAUUACAGAUACACCAAUACAGUCAUCCGUCUAACAAGAAGGAGAAUGACAUUGAAGAUGAAGUAAGUAAAGUGAUAUAUAAUCUUGGUUGUUUGAUUCAAAGUAGAUGGGGAAUUAUUUCUGGUUUGGAAGGAAUAUUGGAUGUUGCGAUUAACGGAUUGAAUGCUUUGAGUAAAGGCAGUGAAGAUUGA